GUUUUGCGUAUGUGAAGAUCUGAAAUGUUGUGUUGCAACCACCUAACGAACAUCUUUUCUGGAUACUGGAUCUUGGAUUCAGAUUGUUCGAUAUGGUACUGAAAGCUUUAGAGCAAUUGGUCGAAGAAGCUGCAAUGCAAGCGUUUGAUUCAACUAUUGGAUCAACUAAUGGAUCAAAUGAAAAAAAGUAUUCCUCGCUACGAAAAGUGCAGGCGGCUGUCAAGAAUGUAAUCUGUGUUCACGUUAAGUUGGAUGGACACAACAUAGCUGUACCGGUCAUCAAGCAGAACCAGUCUCUAUCUCAUCUUGCUAAGGAAGCAAUUACGAGAUUGGAAGACACUGGAAUCGAGUGUGACAUGGAAUAUAACCAAUGCUACUUCAAGAAGUUCCAUCGUGAUGAAUUUUAUAUCAUGAAGUCGUCUGACAUUAUCAAAGAUGUUUUGAGUGAUGGUGACAUGGUAGAAAUAGUGGUUCGUAAAACAGCGUCAAAAAGGAAAGAAACGAGAAGCAGCAGUGAGUCUAACGAAACUGAAUGUGUGAUCGCGGAAGAUGAAGAGCUUCCAGAACCUGCCAGUUUUGUUGAUAAUGAUACCUCAAUUAUCGAUGUUAAUGGAUACGAUCUUACCUUGGACUCCCUCAUUAGACUUGGUAAGGGCGAAGCACAACUUUCUCUGAGUGAAGAAACAGUCCGUAAGCUACAUGAAACACGCAGCAUCGUGGAGAAUAUUGUCGAGAAGGGAUACGUUCGGUACGGAAUAAACACUGGUUUUGGACUUCUGUCAAAAGUUGUUGUAGAAAGCGAGAAGCUUGUUGAAUUGCAGUACAACAUUGUCAGAUCCCAUUGUGCUGGUAUUGGAGAACCACUCGCAGUAGAUACUACGAGAAGAAUACUGGCACUUAGAAUCAAUGUGCUCGCAAAGGCUUUCUCGGGCUGCAAUCCUGGACUUGUGGAAUAUAUGGUGGAAAUGUUCAACAAGAGUUGUUUACCACUAAUACCAGCACAAGGAACGGUGGGAGCAAGCGGAGACCUCGCACCGUUAGCUCACCUUGCUCAAGGAAUGAUAGGAGAAGGAAAAAUGUGGAGUCCUAAAACCGGGCUGGGCGAUGCUUUGGAGGUCCUGGCUGCAAACGAUAUGGUUCCUUACCAACUAACACCAAAAGACGGUUUAAGCUUGAUCAACGGGACUCAAUUUAUCUGCGGGGUUGGAGCUGAAGCAUUACAGCGAGCGAAGCAGUGCCUCAGAACAACCAUCGUCAUCAACGCAAUAGUACUUGACAUCUUGGAGGGACACACAAGUGCCUACGACGAGAGAGUACAUGCCAUCAGGCCACACGCGGGACAACAACGAGUAGCAGCCGCCCUCCGAGCUCUCUGUAACAACACUAAAUACCCCUCAGAGAUAUAUCAGCAGGAAAAACACGAUGUUCAAGACCCCUACACCAUCAGAUGUGUUCCCCAAGUGGUGGGAAUCACUCUGGAUACACUAAACUUUGUGGAGGGUAUCUUCACCACCGAGAUGAACAGUGCCACAGAUAAUCCUUUAGUAUUUGGUGCUGGGGAAGGACAGGACAUUGAACAUGCUGACAUCAUUUCUGCAGGAAACUUCCAUGGGGAGUACCCGGCCAAGGCUCUUGAUUUUCUCACCAUAGCAGUGCACGAGAUUGGGAAUAUGAGCGAGAGAAGGCUAGAAAGGCUGUGUAACCCUACCUGUAGCAACCUGCCUGCUUUCCUCGUCGACUCCCCAGGUCUUAACUCGGGAUUCAUGAUCCCUCACUGCACCUCGGCUGCCCUGGUCAGUGAAAAUAAAACCUUGUGUUUCCCUUCAUCUGCGGACACACAGAGCACAUCUGCUGGCAAAGAGGAUCACGUGUCGAUGGGAGGAUGGUCCGCUAGGAAAGCCCUGACGGUUGUGAAGAACUUGGAGAAUGUGUUAGCGAUAGAGCUGAUAGCCGCUUGUCAGGCUUUGGAGUUCAAACGUCCUCUCCGCACUACUGAGCCUUUAGAAGCGGUCUAUUGUCUGGUCCGGUCGAAAGUUGAGCCGUACGUCAAAGAUAGAGCGUUCACUCCUGACAUUGAAGUCGUCCAGGAAAUGAUCGAGAAGAAUCUUAUCUGGGAUACGGUGGCUCAGUACCUUGAAUCUGACCCUCUUUGGGAUGAGUUUUAAAGAUUAGAACUCUGAUCGAAAUAUGGAAUAUUUAGAUGGAAUAACAGAGUUUGUUCAUGCCCAGAACGUUUAGAUUUAAAAACCUAGUUAAUUAACAAUUAUUAGGUAUUCUGUUUUUAAUUUGUAGGAUAGAUAUAUUUAGAAACCUGACUCGACUAUUUACGUGGUAUCACGUGGGUUAUAUUGCUAGGUUCGAGAGACUUUAUUGCGAUAUUAGAUGCAUGAUCGGACUAUUAUCGAUACAAGUUUCGAUUUGAAAGUCGAUUUGAAAGUUUAAUGAUUUAUAUCAUGGUCAGUAGGAUAAGUUUAAUACUAGGGAACUGGAUCUAGUGCCCUUUAAAUAAGCAUAUAAAUUGCGAGAGUUAAACACUGUGACAUCAAGGGUAAAUUGUUUGCAUAUUUACCAAACAACCUAAAGUCCAGCUGAAUUAAAAUUAUCAAAUAUUUAGGUUAUUUUAUUGCUGUUAGGUUUAAUUUAAGAGCGGUGACGCUAAAUUAUAGACUAUCCACGCAAAAUUGCAUGAUUAAUGCUAUCCAGUACCGUAUCCUGUAAGAAAUAUCUGCGGUCUCCUCAAGUCGAUCUAAAUGAGUCUAUAAUAAUCAAGCACGUAAAUGUUUUGCUUAUAGUUAUUGGAUACGUUAGGGUAUGAGAGUUUGUUUUUCCCAGUGGAAUUUAAAUUAUUAGCAUGUGUUUAGCUAGUAACUACUUAAAUUAUGGACUUAUAUAAUUAUAAUAUGUAUAAUAGUGGUAACGCUAUAUUAUCGUAUGUUUACAGUAAUCUGAAUAGCUUAUUUUAGGAAAUUAUUUUACCCGAAAUCAUGUGAAGUAUUAUUGACCAGUGCA